AUGAACGAGAAUGUCGAAAUAACUUGUAACAAAUGGAAACCAUUGAAAAUGGUCAUCAAAUUUCCACCACUACACUCCAAAUCAUUCUCCCCUCCAACUUUAACAUGCCCCACCGCAGCCACCGACACCAAACUACAGGCUUGCAGUGCGUACGGUGGUGGAGUCUGCGGGCUGCAGUGUAGAGUGGAAAACAUGUCCCGUGGGAGAGGUGUGGGAGUCAUUUCGAUUGAAUCUGGAGAAUCAUCGUUGUCGUGUUUCAUUCAUUUCAGCAUUAACCUCGCUAUCCUCACCUCAUACCGAUUUAUACCGAACUGUCAUCUCCAUCAAAAUCUGCCAUUCUACAUCAUCUGA